AUGGUGUUCUGUGUAGCUUUUGACCCAUCCCCAAAUGAUAGCGGGCCCCAUUUUCUCUACAUAUCUGAUCCACAAAGUACAAGAUACACUUUCAUUGUGCGAUCAACAGACAUUGUUUGUUUGUCAGAAGAACACCUUCUUGUUUCAUCAGGGCCGCCAGAUUUUCCAUUUGGUCAAAUCCAUGCGUUAGCACAGGUACCGGCAAGUUUCAAUCUCACAUCGCUGUCUUUGCGAAUUUUUGUGGUCAAUGAACUUCAUCUGGAUAGGGUAUCUCAGAUUGGCCAAUUAUCCAUGAAACAAGGGCAAGAGAACCUGGCCCAGCAGUAUCCAAGAGACAUCAAUCGCGCAGGGGAGAUCGUGGGCGAGUCUGCCGUCACGGACGUGAUUAUUGAAGAUGGUAAGGUGAUCCACUGGGAGACGGUCUCCAAUCAGCUCCCUGAGUGCAGGCAGGUGGACCUAAGCCAAGCCAUGCAAAACCGACCCGCCUGCAAGACAGCUGUGGAGGAACUGUUCUCAAAGGCUCCAGCUUAUAGUCCUACGGCGAUUCGAAUCACCAUCUUUAUCUCCUUCUUUUGGUAUCGGACGGAGCUGGCUCUAGAGCUGCUUGAGGAAGAUAGCCGAUGGACGGAUGCAGAGGUCGCGGUCGUGACGCAGGUUGGUGCCUGGUACAACGUUUGCGCCGUGACGAAAGAGGACUACUGCCCCAGGAAGGAGUUGCUGGCGAUGGAUCGGGAUCCUGCGAUUGAAGUCUUUAAGGAUGAGAUGGAGAUGGUCCUUCAAAAGCUCGAGAACUUCUGCACCAGCGGGCGUGCUAGCAAGCUUGGAUGCUACGUGCAGACCAUCUCUUGGACCAACGGUGUGCGGGACAACAAGAAUUUCCAGGUGAUGAAUGCCCACAUCGAAACAGCUCUGGCUCCGCGGCUCUCAUCCUCCUUUCGUCUAAUCGACUUCUUCCGGCUCGGCGGCGCCAUGCCGGAGGAGGUAGUGAGCGGACAUGGAUCUCAAAUGCUGAACCUCUGGGUUUGGACAGUGAUGUUCAACGCCAUGUGUCCUGCCGAACUGGCCGCGCCGGGCAGCUACGCCUACUGGGAGGGCGCUUUGUGUUCCGGGACAGAGGCUCGUUGGGAGAACUGCCCCAAGUACUACCCAAGUUGUUUGGACGGUCCUCGAUGUGAAAAGUGGGAAUGCAUGAAUGGCGUGAAGUGCACAUUGACCGCUGGCGAUCCCCCAGUGGCUGGCAAUACGGCCGAGGCUAUGUGCAAUGACGCGGUGAACAUUUCUUCCUUCAUGACAGCUGUUGCAAUGGCCCCUAGCCCUAGCGACCUGGCGGAUGGCUGCUACAACUCGAGAGGUUUGCGCAGCCGAAUUUGGUGUCAGCAAGGUUUGGAAUGGCUGUUACCCAUUGUCACAGUGCUUGGGGCUGUGAGUUUGGCCUUGGCGCAGUUUGCCUGGGCCAAGUUAGGGCCCAAGAAAGAGGUGCAGAAGAAAGAAACAACGAUGGAUGGAAAGCCAAAGCCAGUGGCACCCGAAGUGCGUGAGGUCUCGCUGUUGAAGCAGACAGCAGAUCAGAAGAAUCAACCGGCCAGAACGGAGCCCGGUAGCCCCGCGUGCUCCGAACGCGCAGAUGUGACCUUGCAGAUCAACGAAAUUCGGGAUGACACCAGCGAACUUCCCCAUGACAGGUCCCAGGGGGAUAUCACGAAAUCGGAGACACACAACACGCUGGAAAAGUCAAAGACUCAGAAGACCGAGAAGUCCGAGGCGCCUGUGUCCAACCCGGCGUCCAGGGCUGCCUCGCGCAAGGGAAGCGUCGUCGUCGGUUGCGAGGACAUGGCGGAUUUGACAAGUUUUGUGUCGCCCAAAUCGAACAAGUCCAAGAGUCAGGUGGAGUUCAAGUCAGAAGCUGAGCCGAUUGACAUGAAGACACCGAAGAGCCGCAAGAGCCACAAGAGCCACACUGCCGAAGGUGGAAAUCAGUUGAUGCUGGACUUCCCGGAGCCCGUGAAGGCCGCACCAUGCGUGGCGCCUGCAGUGGUCACGGUCACGGCGGCGAAGCCGAGCACUGGGAUCCGCCUGGCAGGGAACAAAUAUCCCUUGGGGCUGGCGAGGUUCUUGGGCUCCACGCAUGUGGUGCUUGGCCAUCUUUUCGCCAAGGGCGUCACGGAGCCCGUUUACUUCUUCGGAUGGGGCUUCACCUGGGUCCCUUGGUUCUCAGCGGCUUCGUUCUCUUCUCAGCCUACCUGA